AUAUUUCAUUGUCACACUUCAUUCAUCAGAGGGCUGAGUAGAUUAACAGAAACAAAAACCUCAAAAGAAUGGAAGGACUAAGGAAGUUAGAAAAUGUACAGAAAAUUAUAGAGAUAAUGCAAUCUCAUGGAAUUGUCAGCUCUUCUAGCAAUGCCAAUUCUUUUCGUUUUCUUGCAGACUUAGCCCUUCUUUUGGUAUCGCCGUGCCAUGAGCUUGACUUUGAUUCCAAGUGCGAAUUGAUUAUUGACCAUGUUCCGAAGUUUUCACAUCCGUUCCUUGAGGAAGCAAUGCAGUGCACAAGUGAGCAAGUUGUUCAACAAAUGGUAAAUAUUGGUCCACUUGAUUGUGAUGAUAAGACUAUAACUGUUCCAUUUCAAAAGGGCUCCGAAGAUACGGCAAUGAUUGGGCUUCAUGCUAUGAAAAGAGCUAAUUCUACAUUAGAAGAUUUUUGCAGGUCUUAUUUUAUGUUUCACAAAAUGGAUCCUCACCAGCCACAGUCUAUAUUCAGAUUCUUACCGAUACUUUCGUUCACUGAAAGUUACAUUUAUCAGUUGGAUAAUUUAAAUGAGAAACUGCUGCAGCCAUCAGUGGGGAAAGAUCGAUCAUCAUGUCGUGAAUACAAUGUGGAAGCAAAACAAAGCUCGGAUCUUUCAUCUGUGAGAAUGAUUACCAGUGAUCCAUUUAGACCACUUUGUAUUGUACUUGAGCAUCAUGGGCUUUUGACAGACAGGGUAAGAGAAGAGUUCAAUAGUGGAGUAGAAUAUUGGUCUCUGGAAAGAAAGCUGUGUCAUGCACUUGGAAGUAAACAAGAGACUUCAGUUGAAGAUGUCAUGAGGGCGAUUCAUCUGAAGUCCUUUGAUUAUCGGGUGCUGAAUCUUCUGUUGUAUCAACUGAGAGGUGAAAAGGUAAAUGAUACGCAUAUGGAGUUUUUGUCAAUAUCAGAAUUCCUUGUGGAGGUAUCCGAUGACUUGUUUGACUAUGAGGAUGAUGUGUUAGAGAAUAGUUUCAAUAUUCUGCGCAUGUUCAACGGAAUUUAUGGGGCUUCUGCAGCACCAGCCAUGCUGGCAAAAGUUAUAACUGAAGCUGAAGACAAGUAUGAUAGUCUAUUGAAAGCUCUCGAUCCCGAGCUCUCUCUGAACUAUCAGAAGAGAUGCGAAGAAGCUACUAAAGAAGGCGGGAAGACGUCAGGCCCAUCUCUUGGAACGUGGAGUAUACCUCCUGUUAUUGAAGAUGAGGAAAUGUAUAGAUCCAAGGUUUUGAAUUCAAAGCCAUCUACUAUACCAGAAUGGAAUACCUAAAUAAAUAUACUGGAUCAAGAAUUAAGACAUGCUAUCAAUACUUUUUUAAGAGCUUUGACAACAA